UAUUGUGCUGUUAUGGACUUAUGAAUGACAAUUGUUACGUUUAAUUUCUUACUUAAUUUUUUGCUGAUGGGUCCUAUCCCAAGGAAUGUUUUAAUAAAUCAACUGCACCUUAAUCAUGGGUAAUACCGUUGCACAUAGUUUCUUGCGCUCACGAUUACCUUCGAAACGUAAAACGUCAAUUCGUGAUUAUGGAAGGGAAGAAACAGAUGUUGAAGAUGAAAUGUUUGUUCCUAAAAGGAGGAAGCUUAUGAGCACAUCAAAAUACAUUUAUAAAACUUUAUUUGAGGAAGGACAAGGAAGUGAUGUAAAAAUUAUAGCUCUGAAUAGAGAAUGGAACUUACAUAGAAUUUAUUUAUCUCAGUCACCUUAUUUUAAUACUAUGUUUCAUGGACUUUGGGUAGAAACGACACAGAGUGAAAUCAAUAUGGGAAUAGAAGAUGAAAAUGUUACAGUUCAAGCACUGCAUAAAGUUUUUGGAUCUUUGUAUAAAGAUGAAAUUCAGAUUGAUUCUUUUGAAGCUGUUUCUAUCUUAGCCUGCGCCAUCCUUUUGCAGUUGGACGAUUUGAUACAUCAAAGUGUUGAAGUUAUGAAAGACAGCAUCAACAUUGAUACUGCCUUACCAUAUUAUGAGGCAUCUGAGCUUUAUGGUUUGAAAGAAGUUAAAUCAAUAUCUUUAGACUGGCUCCAUCAUAAUAUGGUACUAAAAGUUAAUACAUCUCCAGUCCAUUUGGCUCAAAUAAGUUGUGAUUUAAUGGCCGAAUUGAUAUCAUCUCCUGAGCUAGUUGUUGUCCAAACAGAAUUUUCCCUUUAUCUUAUGUUGAAAGUAUGGCUGUUCCUUAAAGAGCAUCCUUGUGAAUCUUUUGACAAUGCAGUUUCGCGUGCUGAUGAUUUUUUUAAGUUACGCUCAGGUGAUGUACCAUUUCUCUUAACCAAUGCUGGAAAAAAUUAUCAUAAAGCAUUUCGUGCCUUACGCCUAAAGCAUUUAGUCGCUCAUCAUGUUGAUCUUGAAAUUAUUGAGAGUGAUAACAUAAUACCUAUUGAUUGGUUCUUUCCUGUUUUCAAGACUCAAUGGUAUCAUAUGUUGAGAAUUGACCAAGGUGCGGAUCAAGGACCAAGACAAGCAACUGAUGAGGAAUUCAAAAGAGAUUGUGUUCGAUGUGGAAGAAUAUUGAAAACUGAUACACAACAUAGUUGGAGGUGGACAGGCUUUAGUUUUGGCUUUGAUGUUGUCAUAUAUUACUCCAAUGGAGCCUUCAAAUUGCAUCGGUUUUUUAAGACAGAUGGCGAUCUUCCCAUUGUAUUCAGUGCUGCUGAUGUGAUUUCUUUACGAGCUAAAAAACGCAACUUAAUGUUUCGUAUAAGUGUGUUUUCAUUAGACAAGAAUGGUAGACUUUUAUCCAAAGCUGAAACAGUGAUUGAUUCUGCAUCAUUAUUCAAGAAUGAGCAAGUAACCGUAUUGAACUUACCAAUGGAGAUGAAGUUUCCUAUUGUUGUUAGUGCCAAUUUCCUACUUACAACACCUCUACAAUCAUCUGAUGGAAUCAUGCCUGUGGUCAGGAAUCUAGAAGAAUAUUCAUAAACUCUCCAACUGCAAUUAAUGCGAACUUAUUUCACUGGACAGCUAAAAAUGUUGUAGCAUCC